CAUUGCGUACCCCGUCAUCGAUGGCAUCCCGAACAUGAUCCCGGAGGCUGCCAGGACGACUCAGAAGAAGCCCCCAGCCGAGGGCUUGAAGCAGCCCUGAGGCCUCGCCAGCCACAGCAGCCUACUGGGACUGGUGGGACUGAUGGCGGGAGGAGGCGUGCUCCCCUCCCUGCCCACGCUGACUGUGCUGGUGCCCCUCCUGUCCCUAGCGGGCUUGUUUUACUCGGCCAGUGUCGAUGAAACCUUCCCACAGGGCUGCACCAGCACAAACAGCUUAUGUUUCUACAGUCUCCUCCUUCCUGUUACAAUACCGGUUUAUGUAUUCUUCCACCUGUGGACCUGGAUGGGGAUUAAGCUUUUUAGGCACAACUAGUGCGAUGCAUUUGCUAACCCCUGGGCUUCUCUAAAGUAGCUCCAUUUAUUUAAUCUCAUCAGGUAUUGCAGUUGAUUUGAGAGAUUUCCCUUCUGGCGCUAGUGACUGUCAUCAUUUUCCUAGUAUUAGCUGGAACUGUAUGAAGUCAUCUGCAGCAGCCUGUUAAUUACUACUAAGGCAGAUAAAGAGGAGGAAUAACAAGAAGCAUCAAUUCUUUCUAGUGUAUCCCUUCAAGAGCGUUGUGUGUUUGUAGUGGCACAAAUUAAUAUCUUCUAGGUGGUGAUUGGUUUUAUGAGGAACAACUGUACCCUGUCUGAAAUAACUGAUCUUAAAUAAUAAGCAAUAACUAUGCAGCGAUAGGAAUUGUUCUUUGAAUUACAAGCUUUGGCUUUGUUUUGAACCGAUGUGUGUACUGAAAUGUAUUUCUCUCACUGUCAGAAGAACAUAAUUAGGCUGACGUUUAAUAACAAAACUUGAGUUAAAUGAAGACA